AUUGCGGUUGAUGUUUCUGUUAUCUUCAUCCUCUCCUCUCUCCAGAAUCUCUAGUCCAAAGAGGGGAACCUCAUUCAUCAAUCAAUCUCUGGAUCCAAUAUCGUCUCUUCAUUAGAAGAUGGAUAACAAAGAGGAACAUGUGAAGCAUCAGAAUGAAUGGGAAGUCGUCUCCCUUACUUCAUCAGCUUAUGCUGCUUCUCCUGGUCCAUAUAACUCGAGAGAUGCUUACUAUGGAGCUGAAAAUUCACGUGAUUUGUUCAUGUCUGACCACUUUGUAUUCCCGCCUAGCCAGCAUGAGAAUUUACCCCUUGAUGAGGAAGAAAAAAAGGAUGGCCAAGGCUUGAUGCUGGAAGCUCAUCAAGGCUUGUCUGAUAAGAAUAUCUAUGGUGAACCUGCGCUUAGUUCUUCUCAACACAUGGUGUUUGAACACGAGUUAACUGACUCUGAGCCAAAUGAGUAUGCUGACAAGGACUUGGAUCCCCUUGGACUUGAGAAGGAUGCAACAAACAACCUUCCUUGCGAAGCUUGGUGGAGAAAGAGAGCUGUUUCUGUGUAUUUACGGACAAGAGAAGCGAAUGCGGUAUGGUCCUUAUUCUUUGCCGCUGCUGUCACUGGACUCGUUGUUCUUGGUCAACGCUGGCAACAAGAGAGGUGGCAGGUUUUGCAACUCAACUGGCAAUCAAGCAUAACUAGCGAGAAGCUGAGCAGGGUACUUGAACCUCUCUCACGCUUGAAAGACGUGAUUGUGAGAGGGAACCCACAAGCUUCUCUCCUAAGGAGUGGCACCUCUAGUGAGAUCUAGUGACAAAAGGAUAAUAUGUUGCUCACAAGAGCACAUGUUUAUAUAUACACACAAACUUGGUCUUGAUUUACAUAUGUGUGCCUCAAUGUCAAAACCCUUUUGGUUUUAUUUUACAUUAUCUUGUACCAUUUGAACAAUGAUCUCGUUGCCUUCUCGCAUACACAUAUACACUUGUUUCUUUUUGUUCAA